AUGGCGUCGUUUGACACAGACGUCGAUUUCAGUCAGAGUCGUGGAGCUGAUAUUAAUGUCGUUGCGUGGGUGUUUACUGGCACUGCAAUUGCAACCGUCUUUCUUAAGCUCUUUGCCCGUGGGCACGUCUCUCACAACCUGGGAUGGGAUGACUUUUUUAUCUUCUUCUCACUGGGCCUGAGCAUCAUUGCCGCAGCGUUCGUCUCAUAUUCAGUUACCCUGGGUUUGGGCCGACACACGGCGGCCGUGAUUGCCGAGCGUGGGUUGGAAAGAUAUGUCUUGACUGCCAAAGUGGCAGAUUAUCGCAUUCCCUUCCCUAACAUCUCGAUCGCAAUUCUGAUCACUCACCUGCUCGACCCCAACCCACUGCGUACGCGAUGCCUGUACGCCAUGGUUACACUGCAGGUGGUAUUUGCCAUGGUUUCGGUCUUGAGUGUGUUCCUGCAGUGUAACCCUACCAAGAUGCUGUGGGAUCCUUCCGUGGAGGGUACAUGUUGGGAUGCAGCUGUGUUCGAUGACUUUAUGUACUGGGUCAGCGCAUAUACUACGAUUACGGACAUUGUGUUGGCAGUAGUGCCCGUCAGCGUGUUUUGGAAGCUGCAGAUGCGAUUUUCGACCAAGCUAGGGGUGUGCAUCAUGAUGAGCCUCACCCUGCUCUCUGCGAUUGUGACGAUUGUGAAGGCGACGUACUUGCACCUGUUUACGCAACGAACUGAUCCUCUUCACGACGUGGUGACCCUGGUUAUUUGGGGGCUGAUUGAACAAAACGUCGUCAUUGUCGCCGCCUGUAUCCCGACACUCCGUUCCUUCUUCCGCAUAGCCUUUGGUACCAAAGGUUCUCGAUCCGGGAAUACCAGUUCACGCACGCGCUCAGGGUCGGGCUUUAAGCUGUCGUCCAAUCCGAAGCAUAGUAUUUCGCAGCGGCUUCCAUCCGACUCUGAAAUCGCACUCCACACGCAGCACGAUGACAUUGAGAGCAACAGUAGCCAGCGCAUCUGGUGGACGCAAGAACUGCACGUGGAGAGCGACCAGGAGGAUGGUUUGAGCCAUAUGGAUCGAGAUUUGCGGAACAUUGUACCGCCUGAGUUGCGGUCACCAGAUAACUAGGUUAAGUUCCGCCGUCAGGUUCCAUGGC